UCCUGCCUGCUCUUUUCACCAAAGCACUGACAGAUGAGGAAGCCACGGAAGGGAAAAGUGUCUCUCUGCACUGUGAGCUGAACAAGGCUUCUGCUAGCGUGGAGUGGAAGAAAGGAUUGAAGACCCUCAGAUCAAGUGACAAAUACCAAAUGAAACGUGAAGGUGGCAUUGCUGAGCUUAUCAUCCAAAAUCUGGACACGGCGGAUGCUGGAAAUUAUUCCUGUGUGUGUGGAGACCAACAGACUAUGGCAGUUUUAACAGUGCAUGCUUUGCCUGCAUUUUUCAAAGAAGGCUUGAAGAACAGAGAAGCCACAGAUGGUGCAACAGCCACUUUGCACUGUGAGCUGAGCAAGGUCGGCGUCCCAGUGGAGUGGAAAAAAGGGGACAAGACACUCAAACCGAGUGAGAAGUACAGGAUGAGACAAGAAGAUACCUCUGCAGAGCUGUUGAUCCGAGAUCUGGAGGUAGAAGAUACAGGAGAAUAUACCUGUGUGUGUGGAGAUCAGAAGACCUCGGCUGUCUUGACAGUCCAUGCUUUGCCUGCACUGUUCAAAAAAGAACUUGUCAAUGUGGAAGCCACGGAGAACGGGGCGGCGGUUCUGCAGUGUGAGCUCACCAAACCCACUCCUGUGGAGUGGAGGAAAGGGCAAACGGUGCUCAAGCCUAGUGAGAAGUACAAAAUGAGACUGAAGGAUGCCGUUGCUGAGCUGACAAUCCAUAGCCUGGAGGAAGGAGAUGCAGGAGAUUACACCUGUGUGUGUGGAGACAAGAUGACAACCGCAUCCCUGACAGUGCAUGCCCUUCCUCCACACUUUAAAAAAGAGCUGAAGAACGUGGAAGCCACAGAAAACGGCACGGCCACUUUCUGCUGUGACCUGAGCAAGCCCGUGGCUGCCGUGGAGUGGAGGAAAGGAGACAGAGCCCUGGAGCCAAAUGAGAAGUUCACCAUGAGAUGCGAGGGCACGACUGCUGAGCUGGUGAUCCGUGCUUUAGAUCUGACAGAUGCUGGAGAUUACACGUGCUGCUAUGGAGAGCAGAAAACUACCGCUGCACUGAAAGUGAAUGCCUUGCCUGCACACUUCAAGGAAGAGUUGAAGCACCAAGAAGCCACAGAAGGUGGAACAGCCAUGCUACAGUGUGAGCUAUCUAAGGCUGCCCCUGUGGAGUGGAAAAAGAAGCACAAGGUGCUCAGAUCAAGUGAAAAAUAUACUCUGAGACAGGAAGGUGCUACAGCACAACUGCUGAUCCAUGCUUUAGAAGUCAAGGAUGCUGGGGAGUAUACCUGUGUGUGUGGAGAUGAGAAGACUACAGCAGCACUGACAGUGCAUGCCCUUCCUGCUCUCUUCAAAGAAGAGUUAAGAAAUGAGGAGGCCACAGAAGGUGAAGCAGUGACCCUGCGCUGCGAGCUGACCAAGGCUGCCCCAGUGGAGUGGAAGAAGGGACACACAGUGCUCAAACCUAGUGAGAAAUACAAAAUGAGGCAGAAGGAUGUCACUGCAGAGCUGCUGAUCCAUAAUCUAGAUGAGAAUGAUGCUGGUGAUUAUACCUGUGUGUGUGGGGACAAGCAGUCCACAGCUUCCUUAGCAGUCCAUGCACUGCCUGCACGCAUCGAGGAGAGCCUGAGGAACGAGGAGGUGACAGAAGGUCAAGCAGCCACCCUGUGCUGCAAGCUGAGCAAGGUUGCUCAAGUAGAGUGGAGAAAAGGAAGCAGCUUGCUCAAAGUCAGUGACAAAUACAAAAUGAGACAGGAGGGCACGGUCAUGAAGCUGCUUAUCCACGAUGUGGAACUGAAAGAUGCUGGAGAAUACACUUGUGUGUGUGGAGAAGAGGAGACAACAGCUGCCUUGAUAGUGCAUGCCCUGCCUGCACUCUUCAAAGAAGAACUGAAGGACCUACAAGCCAUGGAAAGCCAAACAGCCACCCUGCGCUGUGAGCUGACCAAGGCUGCAGCUGUGUCGUGGAGGAAAGGAAAGAAAAUACUGAGGGCUAGUGAAAAAUACAUCCUGAGGCAGGAUGAUGCCCUUGCUGAGCUGGAAAUUCGUGACCUAGAGCUGCAGGAUGCAGGAGAUUACAGCUGUGUGUGUGGAGACCAGCACACCACGGCCUCUCUGACAGUGAAUGCCCUGCCUGUGGUUUUCAAGGAGGAACUGAAGAUCACAGAAGCCCAGGAAGGAGCAUCAGUCUCUCUGCGCUGUGAAUUAAGCAAAGCAGCUCCAGUGCAGUGGAAAAUAGGCUCCAAAGUGCUCAAGGGAAGUGACAAAUACCAAAUGAGACAGCUUGGCACCACCACAGAGCUAGUCAUUCGUGACCUAGAAGUGAAAGAUGCUGGAGAUUACACCUGUGUGUGUGGUGACCAGAAGACAACAGCAACCUUAACAGUUCAUGCUCUGCCACCACUCUUUAAGGAGGAGCUAAAGGACAAGGAAGCAGAAGAAGGUGGAGAAGUGGCCCUGCACUGUGAGCUCACCAAGGCUGCUCCAGUGGCAUGGCUCAAGGACCAGAGGAUUCUCCAGGCCAAUGAGAAGUACAAAAUGAGGCAGGAAGGGACCAAGGCUGAGCUGGUGAUUCAUGAAAUAGCCGAGGAGGAUGCAGGAGACUACACCUGCGUGUGUGGAGAGCACCAGACUACAGCCCUGCUAACAGUACAGGCUGUGCCUCCGUUUUUCCAAGAAGAGAUGAGCAGCAAGGAAGCAGCAGAAGGUGGAACGGCCACUUUGCACUGUGAGCUCAGCAAGGCAUCUGCCCCUGUGCAGUGGAAGAAGGGCCAUCACCUCCUCACCUUGGACAACAAGUACAGCAUGAGACAGGAGGGCUGUGUUGUGGAGCUCCUAGUUCACAAUUUAGACUCGAAUGACACUGGAGAUUAUACCUGUGCGUGUGGAGAUGAGACCACCACAGCCACCCUCACUGUGCAUGCACUGCCUCCAGAAUUCAAGAAAGACCUGAAGGACCUAGAAGCUGUAGAAGGUGGGACAGCUGCUCUGCACUGUGAGCUGACUAAACCUGCUGUGGUGGAGUGGAAGAAAGGGCAGGAGGUGCUCAAAGCAAGCAGCAAAUAUAAAAUGAGUCAAGAUGGUGCUGUUGCAAAGUUGGUUGUCCAUGAGCUGGCUAUGGAGGACACUGGAGAGUACACCUGUGUGUGUGGAGAUCAGCAGACAACAGCCACUCUGACCAUCAAUGCCCUACCAGCACUUUUUAAACAAGAGCUUCAGGACACGGAGGCGGAAGAAGGUGGCACAGCGACGCUGAGGUGUGAGCUUACCAAACCCAAGGCUUCAGUAGAGUGGAGGAAAGGGGAUAUUACUCUCUCCCCUGGUUUGAAGUACAAGAUGAAGCAGCAGGGCUCCACUGCUGAGCUGGUGAUUUAUGACUUAGAGCUGGAGGAUGCAGGAAGGUACACCUGUGACUCUGGACAUCAGCAGACCACAGCCGUGGUGACCGUCCAUGCACUGCCUGUCACGUUUAACCAACCCCUACAAAAUAAGGAGUCAGAGGAAGGAAGCACAGCUACAUUCUGCUGUCAGCUGUCAAAACCCAGUGCUGCAGUGGAGUGGAGGAAAGGAGGAGUGGGGCUGCAGCCCAGCCAGAAAUACGAAAUGAGGCAGAGGGAAUGCCUGGUAGAGCUCUUAAUACAUGAUCUCAAGUUAGAAGACACAGGGGAGUACAGCUGUGACACUGGAGAUCAGGAAUCCAAGGCAACUUUAAAUGUGAAAGCCCUGCCAGUUCUUUUCAAAAAGGAGCUCAAAGACAAGGAGGCAGAAGAAGGAGCUGCAGUGAAAUUCCAGUGUGAGCUGACGAAGGAUAACGCGGCAGUGGAGUGGAGGAAAGGCACCAUGGAGCUCUUCCCCUGUGCCAAAUAUGAAAUUACACUGAGUGGUCGGACAGCUGAACUUGUGAUUCAUAACGUAGAACCAGAAGAUGCCUCUGACUACACGUGUGAUAGCGGGGACCAGCAGAGCACAGCAGUCCUCAGAGUGAAUGCCAUCAAACCCCGGCUGAAGCAGCAGCUGAAGAGCACAGAGGUGGAAGUGGGGGGGACAGCCAAGCUGAGCUGUGAGAUUUCCAUUAGCAAGGCAGAAGUGGAGUGGAGGAAAGACGGGGUUGUCCUUCGCUCCAGCUCCAAGUACGAGAUGCGGCAGGAGGGCACCGUCCGCGAGCUGCUCGUCCACCACCUGGAGCCCAGGGAUGCUGGGGAGUAUUCCUGCAAGGCUGGAGAUGAGACCACCUCUGCAAAACUGACUGUGAAAGAGCCUGACGUGACCAUCGUGAGUGGCCUGAAGGACGUGGUGGUGGUUGAAGGGGACGACGUCACGUUUCGGUGCCAGGUGUCCCACGAAAACGCGAGGGACGUGGAGUGGAAGCUCCAGGAUGUUGCUCUGCAAAAUAAUGAAAUGAAUGAGAUUUCAGUGGAAAAAGGAAAAGUUCACACUCUGACCUUGAGGAAGGUGACCGAGCAGGACACUGGCACCGUCACUUUCCGAGUGGGACCCCACAAGUCGACAGCAGAGCUGACAGUAAAAGUGCCACCUCCAGUCUUUAAGAAGAAAUUACAGAGCACAGAACUGCAGGAGGAGGAAACAGCCACCCUCUGCUGCGAGGUCUCCCAGCCUCAGGCUGCAGUCAAGUGGAAAAAGGGUGCUCAGGUGCUUUCCCCGAGCUCCAAGUAUGAAAUCAGGCAGGAGGGGACAAUCCAUACUUUGAAGAUUCAUGACUUGAAACCAGAAGACUCUGGCAAAUACACCUGUGACAAUGGCAAUGAACAAACAACGGCCACUUUGACAGUUAAAG